ACGCUUUCCAAUCCCUUCGCGAAAACACCAGCCUUCUCCGUGACAUUAUCAGACCGCGCCGCCUGACGGGCUCUUGGCGCUCUCACGGCUCUAGCGUCACAACGAACGCGACCGAGGUGUGAGGAGACGGUGGCUGAGGAUGCUGCUCUUUGGAGUUUAUUUCACGCGAUUUAGGGAUCGUUUCUCAAACUCAAGGAGUUAGAAGUUAAGAGGUCGGAUAAGUGUGUCCCCCGCAGUGCCACUUUUGGACUCGGAAGGGGAAAAUGGAGCUAUCAGGAAUGAAAAAGAAGAGUUUGCUAGGAAUCAAAGAAAAUAAUAAAAAGUCCAGCACUAGGGCUCCCUCUCCUAGCAAGCGUAAAGACCGGACUGAAGAAAAAUCCAAGGACAGGUCUAAGGACAAACCAGCCACCAAGGAAUCUGGUGAAAAGGACCGCGGGCGAGACAAGACCCGAAAGAGGCGAAGUGCUUCCAGCGGCAGCAGCAGCACAAGAUCCCGCUCUAGCUCCACAUCUAGUUCAGGGUCAAGCUCCAGCACCGGCUCCAGCAGCGGCUCCAGUUCCUCCUCAGCAUCAAGCCGUUCCGGGAGCUCCAGCACUUCACGAAGUUCCAGCUCCAGCAGCUCCUCGGGUUCCCCGAGCCCAUCUCGACGUCGGCACGACAACAGGAGACGUUCCCGUUCCAAGUCAAAGCCACCCAAGAGAGAUGAAAAGGAACGGAAGAGAAGAAGCCCGUCACCAAAACCUACCAAAGUGCAUGUUGGGAGGCUCACCAGAAAUGUUACCAAGGAUCACAUAAUGGAAAUCUUUUCCACUUACGGGAAGAUUAAAAUGAUUGACAUGCCAGUGGACAGGCUCAAUCCACACCUCUCCAAGGGUUAUGCGUACGUAGAAUUUGAGAAUUCAGAUGAUGCGGAGAAGGCCCUGAAACACAUGGAUGGAGGGCAGAUUGAUGGUCAGGAGAUCACCGCCACAGGUGUCUUGGCUCCUCGGACUAGGAUGCCCCCAAGACGUUUCUCCCCUCCCAGGAGGAUGCUGCCGCCACCGCCCAUGUGGCGUCGAUCACCACCACGUAUGAGAAGAAGGUCCAGGUCUCCCCGGCGCAGGUCCCCCGUUCGUAGGAGGUCAAGAUCUCGGUCUCCUGGUCGAAGGCGUCACCGCAGUCGCUCCAGUUCCAACUCGUCCCGAUAAAACACAAGACUCAGCAGCUUCCAGUUGUUGCUUUUUUUAAAAAAUAAAAAAUACUCAAGUCAUAUACUGAUUAGAAUUAUACAUUUUUAAAAGAAAGGAGUGGGGAUGGAACAAAAAAGCUUGAAAACUAGUGAUGGGGAGACUGACUGGGAGCCAAGGGGAGGGAGAUUCACUUGCAUUGAGGUUCUUGUAGAAGAUGGCUUUGGUGCUGAUGUUCUCAGGUGACGUUGCUCUUCAGACAGGAAAUCUGUCUCCCUGAAGCCCACGGAGCUACUGCUUAAAAUUUUCCCAAAGGCUCAAGAAGUGCUGGAAAUGAAAGCUGGAAUUGUUGCAGUUAAGAAAUAGCAAGUGAGCAAGGGGAACGGCUCUCAUUUCUGUUGGACCAUUUCAGAACAUGGAAGUGUCCCUUUCUUCUCACCCCUCCCAGCUAAUUUAGACAUAACUUCUUUUUUUUAUUUCUGCUCUCUCCUCCCCCAAUUAAUUCCUCCUAGUGGGGAUGUUUGGUGCCAAGGACUGUUGGUUCUUAAUGCAGUGAAUGUACCCAUUCAAGAUUUUUGCCCAGGGACUUGGCCAAGAUUGUGGUCCUCCUGUACUAUGGCAGUAGGUUGCGGAUUCGAACCCAACCCAGUCAUUUGAGAAACUAGUUUGCUUGUGAAGCUUCCCUUUCCUAGCCAAAUGGUUCUGAUCUGUAUUUCAUACCCUGUUCCUUUAGUGCUGAUGUAAAUGCUUCUGGUUUUUUUUUUAAAGAAGAGAAAUAUGAAACAGGUUGGCAGAAAAAUACUCAACGGUUGGAUUUGAAACAGACCAACUAGGGAGGGAGGGGAGUAGUUAACAUUCGUAUUGUGAAAGGCGAGAGGUCUGCAGCCUGCUGUACAGUCAUUACUAUAAAGCUUGAUUUUUGUAUGACUUUGUAGCACCUUGUAGUCAUGUUGUGUUUGUACGUGUGUGUAGAUUGACAAGAUGGAAUAAAACCAUGGUUUCAAAACAAAAAA